AAGUCAAUUGUGAAAAGCCGAUCGGAUGCAGUGAGAGAACUUGGGGGAGGUUGAGCGACCAGCUGUCUUCGUUAGAGGAAGACCUGCGACGUUACCCUGAUAUAUUUGUUUGCGAAGCAGAAACUCUUGAAACCUGUGUGACACAAGGUUGAAUAGGAUCAAUUGUCCAAUUUUCCAUUCAGAUGGCUCCCGCAGAGGACUUUGGACAAACUGAAAUAUGCGAGGAAUUAGAUCGUGUUAUUCUUCACCUUUUUGAUGCUCUUGAAAUGCUCCAGACCAAGAGGGAAGCUUUCAAUAGCAUGGUGGAGCAGGGUUGGUUCUCACUUUCCAAAUCUCGCUAUGCCAUGGGUAACAAAUCUGUAUCUACCCUGCAAUAUGGACACCAGAUGACACCACUUGUUCGGAUAGAAACUAGCAAGGCAGAAGAUGGGCACACUCAGUUUCAGGUGAUCGCAGAAGAUGUUUUCAAAGGCAAGGAUGAAAGCCCAACUAUUGUGGAAGAAAUUGGCCCCAGUGAACAAGUUCUACGACGACGAAAAGGUCCAGGAAGAGCCGAGGAUGUGGCCCAACCCCUGAAUACAGCAUCCCAGCCUGCAGAGGCCUUAGGCCACCAUGACCCCCUGAACUGGUUUGGUAUCCUUGUGCCUCAAAGCCUCCGACAAGCCCAAAAGACUUUCCGAGAAGGGAUCAGCCUGGCUGCAGAAAUUGCCUCAAUACAAAGUGAAAUUGAAGCCACUCAGAGUUAUUACAAGUCACUGUUGGGGAAAAAACAAAAACUGGUUGCUGGAAAGAAGCAGUACUCUCCUUGAUCAAUAAUGAUCAUCUCUAAUGAUACAAUAUAAGCUAUAAAGUGUAGCUUAUAUUUACUGGAGCCAUUUUGAAAAUAUCUAUGUGUGUCCUGAACCGUUUUUAAAUCUCUCUAUAAAAUAUAAUUAUAAUUAUUAAUGGCUUUGUAAGUUACAAGUGCACUUUAGAAAGAUUUGUUUGCACAAAGCUAAAAAUGGAUGGAUGUAUUUUAAAAUAAAGCAUAGCUGUAAAAUCUA